AUGGUUGCCAAUGGCUGCUCAGAGCGCCCAGGAGGAGAGUCCACAAAGGCUAAUAAAGGUUCUAAACGGGAUGAAACAGUAAGUGGUGCAGCCAUGAGGAGAACUACCAAGAAGGCUGGUCUGUCAUCAGAAGUAAGUGUCCCUUCAGGUUCAACGUUGAGACGCUCUCCUCGAUUUAAUGAAAAGGCAAGACCUUCUGCAGUCAUUAUAGCAGCAAAGAAGAAUGCAAGACUGAGACAGACAAACAAAAAACAGUUAGAUGUAGUUGUCAGGGACAUUUACCAAACAGCUCGAGAGGCAAAGGACAUGAUACGUAAGGAGACCGGAAUUAUUUAUGAUCCACACAUGGUGAAACACCAAUGUUUAUGGGAUCCUAAUUAUCCGGAAUGCCCUGAUAGGUUCUCAAAAGUACUGGAGCGAUGUGAAGCACUUGGACUUCUCUCUCGAUGUACAAAAAUUAAUCCUCGAGAAGCAACAGAAGCGGAGAUUCUCACAAAACACUCACCUCAGCUGCUAGAAAUUUUGAAGGCCACAGAAGGUGUACAUGAUGAAGAUUUUCUUGAGAAGCUUUCAUCAAAAUAUGAUUCAAUCUAUGUUCAUCCUGAUACAUACCAACAAAGUCUCAUUGCAGUAGGUAGUGCAAUAGAGCUUGUAAAUGCUGUUUGUGGGAAAAAAAUCCAAAAUGGCAUGGCUAUUAUUAGGCCUCCUGGACACCAUGCUAUGAAGAAUGAAUUUUGUGGAUACUGCUUUUUUAACAAUGUUGCUUUGGCAGCCAAUCAUGCCUUGGAGCAAGGUGGCAUAUCCAGGAUACUUAUUGUAGACUGGGAUGUACAUCAUGGGCAGGCUACCCAGCAAAUGUUUUAUGAAGACCCAAGAGUUGUAUACUUCUCCAUUCAUCGAUAUGAACACGGGACGUUUUGGCCUAAUUUAUGUGAAUCUGACUAUCAUUAUGUUGGAGAGGGCAGAGGCAAAGGGUACAACUUCAACAUCCCUCUGAAUCAAACUAAAAUGUCUGAUGCAGAUUAUCUGGCAGUCUUCCAACAAGUGCUUUUACCAAUGGCUGUGGAAUUCCAGCCAGAACUUGUGUUAAUAUCAGCUGGGUAUGAUGCUGCCAUUGGAUGUCCUGAGUUUGGCCCUGACCUGGUCAUUGUGUCAGCGGGGUAUGACUCUGCUCUUGGGGAUGAAAAGGGUGAAAUGGAAGUGACUCCCACAUGUUAUGCACAUAUGCUAUCAUCUCUCCUGCAACUUGCCAAUGGAAAAGUUGUGGUGGUUCUUGAAGGUGGCUACUGUUUAAAGUCUCUUGCGGAAGGUGCUGCUUUGACUUUACGUUGUCUUCUAGGGGAUCCCUGUCCAUAUCUUCCUAAGUUACCACCACCAUGUGACAGUAUUCAAGACACUAUUUUGAAUGUUAUAUAUGCUCAUCGAGAGUAUUGGCAGUGCUUCCAGUUUCAAGACACAUACAAUUUGAAGUCUGAGCCUCAAGAUCCUGUUUUAUGUUCUGUAAAAAGUGAUGGUACUGUAGAUGCAGAUGAAACCAAGGAUGAUGAAGAACUAGAUACAGUAGCUAGGCAUUUACCUGUAGUGAAAUACCUAGGCUCUGAAGAAAGACCAGAAUCAUAUUUGACUCGAGAUUGUUAUCCAAUUCAAGACAAAGAGUUUCAAAAAGAACUUGAUGCAAAAUUGAACAUCUUGAUUACAAAUACGAAGCUGACUUUUGCCCCUAAUAAAGUUUGUUUGGUGUAUGAUGAAAGAAUGAUGAAACACAAAAACGCCCCUGAACCAUCACAUCCAGAAAAACCAGAGAGAAUAUCUACCAUUUAUUUCCGACAUGAAGAAUAUGGUUUAUUAGAGCGGUGUCACAGGCUGAAAGUAGUUGACUCAGUGUUGAAUGGAGAGAGUCAAUCAGGUAUUGCUAUUGUAAGACCUCCUGGCCACCAUGCUGAAGAAGAUGAACCUUGUGGUUUUUGUGUCUUCAACACAGUUUCUAUUGCUGCAAAAUAUGCUGUGGAAGUUCAUCGCCUAAAAAGGGUGUUGCUUGUGGAUUGGGAUGUACAUCAUGGCAAUGGUAGUCAGCAUACAUUUGAAUCUGAUCCACGGGUUCUUUACUUGUCCUUACAUCGAUAUGACAACGGAAGCUUUUUUCCUGGCUCACCUGAUGCCAAUUACACUGUUGUGGGUUCUGGUGCAGGUGCAGGAUUUAAUGUCAAUAUUCCUUGGAACAAGCAUGGGAUGACAGAUGCUGAUUAUAUUGCUGCUUUUCAUCGAAUUGUUCUACCCAUUUGCUAUGAGUUUGCUCCUGAACUAGUCUUGAUCUCAGCUGGCUUUGAUGCUGCUGUUGGUGAUCCAUUGGGUGGAUGUAAAGUGACUCCUGAAGCAUAUGGUCAUUUGACACAUUGGUUGUCUGCCUUAGCAAAUGGUCGAGUCAUUCUUUCACUGGAAGGUGGAUACAAUGUUACUUCAAUAUCAUAUGCUAUGACUCUGUGCACCAAAGCUCUUCUUGGAGAUCCACUGCCAAUGUUACAGCCACGUCUAGCUCCAUGUCCUAGUGCUGUAACUACCAUAAAAAAUGUAAUACGGGUCCACAGCAAAUACUGGUCAAGUCUCAAGUUUGACUUAGCCUUGCCAAAGGAGAAUGUUCUUCCAGAUGCAGAGCUUUCUCAGAAGACUGAGCCUUUUGGCAACACCAAUGAUAUGGAGAGCUUCAAAAUAAAGGGAGAAGGAAAUGACUCAAGCUAUGUUAAUGCAAAUGUGAUAACAGAGAUCUCAAACAAUGUCCCUUUUCAGAGUCCCACAGAACUGAAAGGCUCGUAUAUGCUUCCUGCUUCACCCACAAAUGAGGUGAUGCCAAACUCAAUGGCAAAACUCAACUUAGAUGAGAGUUCUAGUCCUGUCAAGUCAGAUGAAGUUUUACAUUCCAGUCAGUGCUUAGUCAGUAUGAAAGAGCAGACAAAGUCCUUAGAGAGUCCAAUGGAAUUAUCUGAGGAUUCCUCCAAUUUUAUGGUUAGCUCUGUAAGUUCACUUGAAGGGGAAAAUCAAGUGUGGUCACAGAUAAGUUCAACAAGUGCCAGUGAAUCUUUAGAAAUGAUUACAGAUAAUGUAAGUAGUUUUGAGUUCACAACUAAAGCAGAAAAUGAAGACAACCCUCUUGGGUCUUCAUUAGUUUCUCUUCCUAUACAAGAAUGCAAAGCAAACAUUCCAAAAGUUUCUGAAACAGACAUCAACUUCCCAACACUAUAUUCCAAUCCAAGAAACAUUGAUGCAAAUUCAAAUCUGCAAAUCAGAACAAAUACUUUCAAAACCUCCCCCAAACUGGUUGCAGAAGGUCAAGUAAACUUAACAAGCCAGGCUGAUGAGUUAAUAAGGAAAGCUGCUGACAGAGAAGAGAAUAGACCAGGCAGCAGUCGCGAACCUGAUGCUGGAGGAAGUAGUGUUGGUGGAAGUGGGGCCAGUGGUAGUCCUGGUCAGCCGCAGAAUCUUGUAGAUUAUUUAUCAGACAACUUGCAGUUGUUACUUACUGGACAGAUGCAUGCUGUGAUUCCUUUGCCUUCCUGCCCUCAUCUUGAUGCUGUCAGGGAGGUCCCUGCUCGAGGAUUAGAUGUGCAGAGUCCUUGUAUGGAGUGUGGCUCCGUCAUUGAAAACUGGGUGUGCCUCGUGUGCUAUACUGUACAUUGUGGACGGUACAUCAAUGGUCACAUGAUUGAACACGGAAUAGAAACUACACAUCCACUCACACUCAGCUUUUCUGAUCUCUCAGUUUGGUGCUACGUAUGUGAAGCCUAUGUGGAUAAUGAGGCUUUCUAUCAAGCAAAGAAUGCUGUUCAUCGUAGUAAAUUUGGAGAAGAUAUGCCAUACGCUUAUGGGGAUUGAAGAAGUGAAGAAAUAGUGAUCACAUAGAGCCAAAAUGAUCUCAGAGGUUCUGUGAAGGAAAUCUCUUCAUUCUAUUUUACUUUCAUUUCCCUUGUUUCUUGCUGUCACUAUCUUGAAGAUUUAUUCUAGUAUAUUUUUUUAAUGUUUUGUGCUAUGAUAACUAGUUCACAAUACUGCCAUUUGUUUUAAAUUAACUGGAACAAUGUCUAAUGAGGUGAAAAGGAAAACAUUACACACUAAGAUGCAGUAACAUACCAGUAACAAACUGUUGCAAACAGUUAAACUCUAAUAGAAAUACUGCGUAGCCUGAGUUUGUGUGUAUAAAACAUUCAUAGAUCAAAAUUUUAUCCCACUACGGAAGAAAUAUUUACCAAUUUUCAUGGUAACAGUAGAGAUGCUCAAUAUCGGUGAAUUUAACAUGUUUAAACAAGUUAUGUAACCUUAAGAGCAUGAAUUGUUUUAUAUUCUAGAUGUAGAUUUCUGAUAUAUGUGACAGUUUGGGUGAGUUUUAAUUGGAGAUGAGGUUAAUUAGUUACAGAAUGCUAUAUUUUGUUUCUUUUUAGUGUGACUUGUUUAAAACCAUGCUAAUUAAACACCAAAACUUAAAAUGUUAUAACCAAUGCAGCUUUAACAAGAUUUUAGUUUUUUUAUAACAUUUUUUAAAAAAAAUGUACUUAAAAUUUGAAGUUUGUCUGCAGAAAAUGUUGUGACUGUGACUUUUAAAGUCUUAAGAAAAUGUUUUUUACAAGUUUUAUAAUUCAGUUCCUUGUUGAAAUAAUUCAAAUUGGAAAGAAAAGAAAAAGCAAUCCUCUACCAGUGUCUGAAAGUUAUCCUAUACCCCCUCCCCUUUGUAUUCACUACCCACGUGAAAUAUACAAUGUUAAAAACAGGAUUAUUCUCCUUACAAUUUGUUCUGGUGAUAGUGUACAAUUCUGUGGCCUUAUGAGUAACAACUCUUGAAGUUUGUGUACCACAAUAGGCUUCACUGAGAAUUUUUAAUAAUUAUGUGCAUAUGGAGGAUUAUUUCUUCACAAAUGCAGACUUUUUAAAUGUUUAUCGCUUCCAAAAGGAGUGAAGCUUUGUAAGGACAUCUUGUGAAGCACUGAAGCCAAGCUGAGUAUUAAGCAGUUUCCUUUAAUACGAGUGAAAUGAAAUUUAAGUGAGGUAAUAUUGCAUGUUCAUGAAGAUUACUCACAUGGAAUAAGAAAAUUGUUUAAUAGUCAGCUCACAGUAAAUUGAAUUCAAUGGCUUUGGUACACUACCAAAGAUAUACCAAGUUUAAGAAAGUCAAGAAGUAAUGUAAAGACGUAAGAAAGUCUUUACUCCCACCUCUGUACAGUCAUUCAUCUCUGUUGGUUACUGUUAAGAUAUUACCCCCUAGUGUUCACAUUCACACCCUCUAAUGAUAUUUAUAAACCAUUAAACCUGCAGCUUUCAGAAUAUAGAUUUCUCAUAUAUUUUUAUAUGUGAUAAAAAAAAUGUACAACUUAUAAAUAAAAGUUUAAUAAAGCAAUAUAUGUACAUAAUUUGACUUUAUUUGAAUAUUCAGGGAUACAUAUUUGGGCUUGAAUUCAGCUAUGAUAAAAAAGAAAUUAGACAAACUGCUAGGACUCACUAGUUAUGUCUUUUAUCAUUUGUGAAUACCAUUCAAUCCCCUCCAAUACUAUAGUUUGAUUAAAAUUAUAAAAAAUUGUAUUUGUUUUAAACAACUGUCUUUGUUACAUAGUACAUUGAUGAAAAAUUCAUGCUU